AUGGAACGCAAACGCGUACUCAAAAUCUUUACGGCUGAAGAUCUCUUGCUGGCCAAAAAGGACGGCAAGACGUGGGUCGCGCGCGGAAACAAGGUCUACGACGUGACAGAAUUCGUCGCAGAUCAUCCUGGAGGAGACGACUUGAUCACCCAGUUUGCGGGCCAGGUCAUCGACGGCAAGAUGGAGGACAAGGACUCGCAUGAGCACAGUGCAUCUGCGUAUGCCGUACUCGACGAAUAUCUCGUCGGUAGACUUGCUUCAGAUGCCGGGUUGACAGUCAGCGACGGUUCGUCCCAUAUUCUUCACUUAUCCUGUUUUCUCGAUGCUGAUGUGGACCAUGGGACAGAUUGGGUCGCAGAAGAUGAUUUCCAUCCGGAUGAUACGAAUGUGGAUGACGAUUAUCUUCAGUCCUCCUUCCUCGACCUGCGCAAGCCGCUCAUCCGUCAGGUCUGGGAAAGCAACUGGAGCAAAUCAUUCUAUCUCCAACAAGUCCACCAACCCCGUCACUUGGCCCACUCUGCGCGUCUUUUUGGACCAGAGUACCUCGAAAUCUUUACAAAGACGAAAUGGUAUGUGGUGCCACUCGUAUGGCUCCCCAUCUCGUUUUACCUCCUCCUUCGCUCUGGUCUCCAAUUCUCUGCAUCUUCCACGGAUCCCAUGGGUCAACUCGGUCACCAAUCUGGCAUACUCGAUCCCGACAAUGGAGACUUGGAGAGUGUGAGCGCAAAUGCCUGGGCACUCACGUUUGCGUCCUUUCUCGUAGGAAACGUCGUGUGGACGUUGCUCGAGUAUGGCUUCCAUCGGUUCUUAUUCCACGUCGACCGCCUCCUUCCCGACAGACCAGCUUUCCUUCUUCUCCAUUUCCUCACCCAUGGUGUCCAUCAUUACUUGCCCAUGGAUAGGCUUAGACUCGUCAUGCCGCCAGUGCUCUUCUUUGUGCUAUCGUUCCCGAUGACGCGCUUGGCCUACCUGCUCUUCCCUGUGCACAUGGCAAAUGGGAUCAUCUCGGGUUCAUUUGCGUUUUAUGUCCUCUACGACUGCAUGCACUACGCACUUCAUCACACCAAGCUCCCAGAGUACAUGCGCGAGAUGAAAAAGUACCACCUCGCCCAUCAUUACAAAAACUUUGACCUUGGGUUUGGCGUCACAUCCAAGGUCUGGGAUUACGUCUUUGGGACCGUUCUUCCAGUCUAA